UCUGCAGUGGGUGUAAAUCUCUUUCGCUGGACUGGUUUGUAGCAGAGAAGAACUGAAGGAGAUCUGUUUCUGGUUAGCUGUGGUUAAUAGUAUGCGAAAGAUGCUAACCAUCAUUUCUAACGUUCUGAGGGGCAGCGCCAGCAGGAACGGAGCCGAACUGGUAUCAGAGGGCGCAAGAGUGGUGGUAUCUGCCAGGACCUAUGCAGACUUUACCCCUCAGGCCACUUUUGAUAUUAAGAAAUGUGACUUACACAAGCUGGAGGAUGGCCCACCGCUGCAGGCCGUGCUUACAAGAGAGGAGGGGCUUCAGUACUACCGCACACUGCAGACCAUAAGACGUAUGGAGCUCAAAGCCGAUCAGCUGUACAAGCAGAAGAUCAUCAGGGGCUUCUGUCACCUUUACGAUGGACAGGAAGCAUGUGCAGUGGGUAUUGAGGCAGGUAUUAAUCUAUCAGAUCAUCUGAUCACAGCGUAUCGUGCCCACGGGUACACUCUCACUAGAGGGGGCACCGUUCGUGAGAUCAUGGCAGAGCUCACUGGUCGUAGAGGAGGUAUUGCCAAAGGAAAAGGAGGGUCUAUGCACAUGUACACUAAACAUUUUUAUGGCGGAAACGGAAUUGUGGGAGCUCAGGUGCCUCUUGGGGCAGGUGUAGCGUUGGCCUGUAAAUACCUGGGCAAGAAUGAGCUGUGUGUCUGUCUCUAUGGUGAUGGAGCUGCAAAUCAGGGUCAGAUCUUUGAAACGUAUAAUAUGGCAUCUCUGUGGAAGCUGCCCUGCAUCUUCAUUUGCGAGAAUAACAAAUACGGCAUGGGUACGUCUGUGGAGAGAGCGGCUGCUAGUACUGACUACUACAAGAGAGGCGAUUUCAUCCCUGGAUUGAGGGUGGACGGCAUGGACGUCCUUUGUGUAAGGGAGGCCACCAAAUUCGCUGCUGAACACUGCAGAUCAGGAAAGGGUCCCAUUCUGAUGGAGCUGCAGACCUAUCGUUAUCAUGGACAUAGUAUGAGUGAUCCAGGAAUCAGUUACCGCACACGUGAGGAAAUCCAGGAGGUGCGCAGUAAGAGCGACCCCAUCUCAUUGCUGAAGGAUCGCAUGCUGAGCAACAACAUGGCCAGCGUGGAGGAGCUUAAGGAGAUUGAUGUGGAGGUAAGGAAGGAGAUUGAGGAUGCUGCCCAGUUUGCCACCACAGACCCUGAGCCUCCGCUGGAUGAUCUUUGCAACCACAUCUUCUACAAUGACCCUCCUCUGGAAGUGCGUGGCACCAACCCCUGGACCAAGCUCAAGUCCGUCAGCUAAAUCAACUUCCUUAUCGUCCCAUGUCCCCUCCUCUUCCUACCAGUUGACCCUCUCCUGUUCAAGCGCACAGCAAAAUACGAUCACCUUCAAUGUGGCUAUGGUUUCAUAGACAGUUACUAGGAAACUCAGACAAAUCUCUCAGCCACAUUGAGAUAAGUUGCCUCAGUUCACAUUUUAUCAUUGCCUUGUUUUCUUGUUGUCUUCAUUAAUUACAAUACUGACCCUCACUAUAAACUUUAAAACCUAGGUUUAUUUUUCAUCUCACAUUGGAAAUAGCAUAUAAUAUAUGAAUAAACAAGGCAGAAAUUAUUGGGACUUUCCAAAUGUCUCCAGUGCCCCUAUUGCUUAUUACCCAAUGUCCAUGCAGUGGCAGAAUAUUAAGCUCAUGUCCAUAGAUCUCAAACACCUACUGUUUUUGCUCUGUGUAAAAGUGCAGUCAUUAGAGACACACACACACACCUCUCUCACUUUAUAUAUCAACAGGAGUGUGUUUUGGCUGAGGUGUCUAAGAAAUGCAUCCAUUUACAGUCCUAAUUUGAUGAAAUAUUUAAAGGGAAAUGUUUAUUGACAUUUAUAAAAUGAAAAUGUGUGUGGCCAUAUUACAAAAUGUUUGUGUGAUAUUUAUGGGAUAUAAAAUAGGAUAUUUCAUUGUGGACAAAUCUGAAAAACUAAUAAACACAGCUUGAAAUGUGGCUUUAGAAUGGGAAAGGUUAAUAGAUCCUUACCCUUUCACUCUCCUGAACUUUUAUUUAAAACAGGGAUUUUGUUGUCAUGUAUUUAUGAAAAAUUGCUUUUGUUACAAACAAUGUUACUGGGGAUGUAACUUUACAUUUGGCAAUUCCAGUGUAUUAAUGGUUGUUUUAAUCAAAUGUUGGUUUGAAAUCUCUGAGAAUCUAGUAAAGUAACAAUUGUUGCAAUAGAUGCUAUUGAGAUGUUAAAGGGGACGUCAAGGUCACAGGUUUAAACUUUAUGCCGUAUUGACCAAAAUGAGUCAGCAAGAUCAGGCAAUGUAUGUGUCAUCCAAUGUGAUCUUUAUACCAUACAACUUCAAAUAAAUAUUUCAAAUACA